AUGAGUAUAUAAAAGUCUGUAGUUUUACUUCCUUACAACAAGACUUUGAAUUUUUAAAUGGAAGCAAAUACAACUGUGAAUGAAUUGCUAUUACAUUUAUAGCAAUAAGAGUAGUAAUAUUUUAUAUUAAAUUAGAAUAUUAGGAAAUACGAAUAUGUGGAUUUGUUAUUCAUAAUAAAGGAAUAUUUAAUUAAAUAGUAAUAAUAUAAUUGGAAAUAUUGCUAAUGAGAUAUUGAUUGUAAUUUGCUAAAAGUAAUAAGAAAAACAAAAAUUAAUUACAAUCAGUAUUCAACCUUAAAAAAUUUUUAGUCAAUUUAAGGCUAGCUCUUUAUUUCAAGUCUAAGAAUUAUUAAAUUAUAUUCGAAUUUAAUAUUAGUAAAUUACUAAUUAUUAUCAAAAGAUUAAACGAAAAUUAUUAGAAUUGGGAAUGUUAUUCGGAAAACUAAAAUCGAUAUCUGAAACCAGAUGAAAUGCUUGGAGAUAUAGAAAUGGAAAAUUUAGUCAUCUUCACAAAUAAAAUUAAUAUUCAGAAACGAAUAUAAAUUGGAUAAAAUAUACAAUUUCUUAUAGAAGCAGAAUUAAAUACAUAAAUUUAGUAAAUAUUUUAAUCAGUUAAAGCUCAUUAUAAGUAUAUAUAAUAAUCUUAUCAUUAGAUUAGAAGGAGAUAUAAACUAAUGGACAUGUUAUUCUUAUUAAUAAAAUUAAUAUCUUGAUUUAAAUUCUAAAAUAAAUUAAAUAAAUGGUGAAAUGUUGCUUAUAACAACAUAAAAUAGCAUUUUUAAAACUGAAAAUCUAUUUUAAACUAGUUUUGAUAUAUUUAAUACCAAUUAAACUAAUAAUAAUACUAAUUAAUUGUUCUAAUCAUAUAAUUAAGUUUAAUUUUUUAUUUAUUAAUAGUCACAAUAAAAUGAUCAACAAAAAAUAUUACUAAAUAUUGAGAUAUUAGAAGGAGUUAUAAUAAGAUAACUACUACUUUAUUUUAGUCCACAUACUCAAAUUGAAAAAGUAGCAAUAGCUAUUUUAAAUUAUUUAUCAAUUAAUCAGUAUUUUAAAAUAGUUUAUUUAGAUCUUAAGCGUCACUUGAUCUUUUUAUAAAUGGACAUUAAUAUAAUAAUUAAAAAGAUAGAGUCUAAACUUUGUAUUAAUGUGGUAUAAGUAAUAAUGCCAUGGUUUAAGCUAGAGUAAGAUGGUUAGAUACAAAAGUAUGUUUAACUUGA